AUGGUCAAGGGGCUGCACACGCUCGGCCGCGGCGCGUUCGACCUCAGGCACGUCUUCCUCGGGUUCACCGUGUCGGACCGGCUCAUCACGGAUUUAAGUUUGCUGGAGGAGUACCCCCACCUCCAGACCAUCAACGUCUCCAAGAACCUCCUCACGGAUUUGAGAAGUUUAGAAAGGGUGCCGUACCUCACGAACCUGGACGCGUCGGACAACCAGCUCGCGGAGGUGCUGGAUCUCCAGUUCCCCGAGUGCGCGCCGGGGUCGGCCUGGUCCACGGGCGCGUCCCACGUGGGGUCCCAGCUCCGCGUCGCGGACCUCUCGCGGAACCGCGUCCGCGCGAUCAAGGACCAGUCGGGCCACCGCUACCUCGAGAAGCUCUACCUGGACGGCAACCGCAUCCGCACGAUCUCGGGCGUGUCCGGGCUCGCCUACCUGACGACCCUGUCGCUGAACGGGAACAAGAUCGGCAAGAUCGACGGGCUGGGGAGUCUGCCGCUCGUCGAUCUCUCGCUCGACGACAACUGCUUGCGGUUCCUCGAGAAUUUGGAGAAGCUCGUGCUCCUCCAGAAGCUGUCCGUGGCGAACAACGCCAUCGCGUCCCUCGACGGCUUGCAGAAGUGCGUCCAGCUCGGGAGCCUGGACGCGUCGGACAACGCGGUGGAGCGGGUGCGGGAAGUGGAAAGACUCGCGGACCUGCCGCUCUUCUCGUCCCUCUUCCUGCGGGGCAACCCCUGCGCGUCCCUGGACUUCUACAAGCGGCGCGUCAUCGUGCGCCUCCAGCGCCUCACGGCCUUGGACGACGAGCCCGUGACGUCGGAGGAGAAGAUCAAGUCCAUCAACAUCCACGGCGGCGACGAGAGCGACGUCGGCCACCGCAAGGAGAUGUACAAGAAGUACUUCGGCAGCGACGGCGCCUGGGAGAACACGCUGCCGCCCUUCGUCGAGACGGAGCCGAGCCCCGCGCAGGAGGCCGCCGUCGCGGGCCGCGUCGUCGACAAGCUCGUUCACCACGCGGUCUUCGACGCGGAGCUCGCGGCGAUCCACUCCUACGACCUCCCCGCGCCGCCGUCGCCCGCCGAGUAA